CAUUUUGUUACAACCAUCAUUCUAUAAAAUAUUCAAUACAAAUAUCUGUUAUGAUUUCGUUGACAGGUCUAGAUGACAUGAAAUCUAAAACCACCGAUUGUAUGUCUGAUGUCCCAUGUCCAUCAAACUGUUCCUGCGACGGUACAGUUGUCGAUUGUUCGGGAAGAUCGUUAACUGAAAUACCAAAAGACAUACCAAUUUACACCACUGAAUUGCUCAUGAAUGACAACGAAAUCGGAAAAAUCAAGUCUGACGGUUUGUUCGGCCGGUUGCCUCAUUUACAAAAACUAGAAAUGAAAAGAAACAUCAUUAGUAGCGUCGAAGCAAACGCUUUUGAAGGUGCCAUCAAAUUAUAUGAACUAAAUUUAUCCGAAAACAAAAUUCGACAAGUGCACAACAAAAUGUUCAUUGGUCUUCACAAUCUGAAAAUUUUAACUUUGUUGAACAACGAGAUUACAUGCGUCAUGCCUGGAUCUUUCGAUUAUCUGCCAGCCCUCCGCACCCUAAACUUGCAAAUGAACCCUUUCAAUUGCAAUUGUCAUCUGGCUUGGUUUGCCGAAUGGCUGAAAAAACACGGACUAAUUGCCGGAAGUCCACGAUGCGCCGGGCCCGCUCGAGUGAUGGACGUCCCUAUUCACGAUUUACCUUCAUACGAAUUCAAAUGCUCCGGUGACAACGAUCAGGGUUGUCUCGGUGACAACUAUUGUCCUCCAAAGUGCACGUGCAUUGGAACCGUAGUCCGCUGUACGAGGGCGAAGCUGGUCGAGAUACCAAAAAAUAUUCCCGUUGAGACAUCGGAGUUGUAUUUGGACGUAAACGAAAUUACUUCGAUUAAAGUGGACAGGCUCAAUCAUCUUAAAUCGCUAACUAGAAUGGAUUUAAGUAAUAACCAUUUAAUAGUUUUAUCAAACAACACGUUUUCACAACUAUCAAAACUAUCCACUCUACUGUUAGGAUACAACAAAUUGCAAUGUCUGGAAAAAAAUUCACUAGCUGGUCUUAAAUCGUUGAGAAUCAUUUCGUUACAUGGAAAUAAUAUCUCAUUGAUACCAGAUGGAACAUUUUCCGGGCUCGACUCGAUUACUCAUUUAGGUAUCGGCUCCAACCCGCUGUACUGCGAUUGCGGUCUACAGUGGUUGGCGGAAUGGAUAAAAAAAGAUUUCAUCGAGUCAGGUAUAGCCAGGUGUGCUGAACCCAAUUCCAUGAAGGACAAACUUCUACUGUCCACGCCGGUUUCGAGUUUCGUUUGCAAAGAACCUAUCGGCAAGGACAUCCUGUCCAAGUGCAACACGUGCUUCACCAACCCCUGUUCGAACGAAGGCUUCUGCGAGCCAUUGCCCGAAAGACAGUACAAGUGCAGGUGCAACCCCGGAUAUCACGGUAAACAUUGCGAAAACAUGAUUGACGCGUGUUACGGCAAUCCGUGCAGGAACUCGGGAACUUGCAAACUGCUCGAAGAAGGCAGAUUCAGUUGCCAAUGCGCACCUGGUUUUACCGGAGACCGAUGCGAAACGAAUAUCGACGACUGUUUGACCAACAAAUGCGAAAACAAUUCUACUUGCGUUGACCUAAUUCAAGCGUACGAGUGUCGUUGCCUACCCGGAUACACGGGUGAUUAUUGUCAAACAAAAAUACAGUUCUGUUCCAAAGACUUCAACCCGUGUCACAACGGAGCCAAAUGCGUUGAUCACAUUACGCAUUACGCUUGCGAAUGUCCACUCGGGUUUUCGGGCGACAACUGCACAGUAAACAACGACGACUGCCAAAACCACAUGUGCCAGAACGGCGGCCUGUGCGUGGACGGCAUCAACGACUAUACGUGCAAAUGUGUCGGAGAAUAUACCGGCAAGUUCUGCGACAUUUCUCCAAGUGUAGCGCUCAUGUACCCGCAGACUUCGCCCUGUCAACACCACGAAUGCAAAAAUGGAAUAUGUUAUCAACCGAACGGUUCAACGAACGACUACUUAUGUAAAUGUGCCCCAGGGUACUCAGGCAAACGGUGUGAAUAUCUGACCAGCUUGAGUUUUGUACAUAACACUUCGUUCGUGGAAUUAGAGCCUUUGAGGACCAAACCCGAAGCCAACGUGACUGUUGUGUUUACGACAACUCAAGAAAAUGGAAUUUUGUUGUACGACGGCCAUUCCGAACACUUGGCCGUUGAAUUAUUCAACGGACGUAUUAGAGUCAGUUACGACGUGGGGAAUUAUCCCGUUUCGACCAUGUACAGUUUUGAAAUGGUCGCGGACGGCAAACAGCACAUGGUCGAACUGUUGUCGAUUAGAAAAAAUUUCACACUGAGAGUUGACGGAGGCGUGGCCAGAUCGAUAAUCAACGAGGGAUCUAGAGAUUACUUGAGACUCACCUCACCGUUGUACAUAGGUGGCACACCCCCAGAUCCCGGUGCUGAAGCCUUUAAUCAUUUUCAUUUAAGAAAUUUGACCAGUUUCAACGGUUGUAUGAAAGAGCUUUGGGUGAACCACAAACUAGUGGACUUUAUGAACGCGGCACGUCAACAAAAAGUGACGCCCGGAUGUUCCCUGCUCCAGGACGAAGAACAAAUGGUGGAAGAAGAAGGAGUGAAGUCGACGAGUGUCGCUGAGCAAGAACAGAGCUCGACCAUGGUGGACGAGGAGCAGAUUGAACCACAAGAAGGUCCAAUGGAAGAAGACGAGGACGAAGAGGACGACGAAGAUGAGGACGAAGAUGAAGACCCUUGCUACAAUAACCAAUGCCAUAAGGGCAGCAAGUGUGAGCCCAAAGGGAUGAAAGAAUACAUUUGCAAGUGCCAACCCGGUUGGUCGGGCAAAUACUGUACGCAAGGUAAGUGCCGUAAC